AUGGAGCAGGAGUUGGACCUUGAGGUACGGCUCAUGAGCGGCCAGCUGCUGGGAAAGGUCCGCGCCAACCGCCGGUCCGAAGCCGGAACUCUCCGGCAGAAGGUCUGCGAGGCCUGCAGCCUGGAGGGGCCCUUCUGGCUCCUGCAAGAUACAGAGGUGCUGAGGUUUCAGCCGGGAGAGGAGCUGAAGGACAUGCCGCUAGUGCUGGUGAAGCGGUCCAUCUCUGACUUGAGCGAGCAGCUGGUGGGUUUCCAGGGCGCGGCCUACCGCGGAGAUGUGGAGGAGGUCUUUCGGAUCCUGGCGGAGGGUGCCGAUAUUGACUUCAGGGACGCAGCCCGGCUCCGCACUCCGCUCAUGUGGGCGGCUGCCCGCGGACGUACGUUGCUGUGCCGCCGACUGUUACACGCAGGCUGUACCGCCGCUCAGCUCGCGGAGUCCAACCACCACCUACGGCUGGCCCAGCUGCUGCAGGCCGCAGAUGCCGAGAGGCUGAGGGACCGCAGCUUUUCAGCGCACCUUCGAAGGUCUUGGCAGAGAGUUGUGCAGCACAAAAAGCAGGUACUGCUGCUCCUUCGCCACGUGGUCCUGGUGCUGGCUGUCGCUACCCUCGCUCUGUUCAGUCAGAGCCUGUGGCUAGCGCCCCUCAGUGCGACCUUGACCCAUGUGCUGCCGGCUUUGCAGGAGCCGUCCAGCAAGCUCUGGAUGAGGCUGCAGCGGAGGAGUAAGAGUGCCAUUGCCCCCAUGCCGGACGAGGGGUGA